AACAAUCUGAUCAAUGGCAAUUAGGCGCCGCUGUUUACCAAAAAUUGUUUGGUACGAGAUACCUAAUUGUGUUCGAUGACAUAUGGGAUCAGAGAUGUUGGGAAGAGGUGAGAAACUAUUUUCCAGACAAUAGUAAUGGAAGUCGGAUCAUCAUAACAACUAGGCUAGAACAAGUAGCUGAAUACGCCCGACUCGGAGAAUGGCAUUUUAAAAAGAGGUUCCUGAAUCAACAAGAAAGUUGGCUUCUUUUUUGCGAUAAGGUGUUUGGUGGAGACCAUUCAUCAUGCCCUCCUGAACUUGAGAAAGCUGGAAGGAAGAUUGUCAAGAAGUGUGAAGGACUUCCUCUCACAAUCAUUGCAGUUGCCAGACACCUACACGAUGCCGAGAAGACGCCAGAGUACUGGAAGCAGGCAGCCAAGAAAGUGCAUACAGCCAUCAUCGGUGCAGACAAGGAAGCAUCAGAGGUACUAUAUAAGAGCUACAAGUAUUUACCACAAUACCUGAAACCAUUUUUUCUCUAUAUGGGAGUUUUCCCUCAUGACUCAGACAUCACUGCCUCCAAGCUCACCAACCUAUGGUGUGCUGAGGGAUUUGUUCAACCAUAUUGGAUCCAAACAUCUUUAGAAGAUUCUGCCAUGAAAUCUCUUAAGAAGCUUGUGUCCUCAAAUGUCAUUAAAGUCCGUGAGCACGCCUCCUCUGGUGGAAUUAAAACGUGCAACGUCUAUCCUGCUUUUUGGCAUAUAUGUAUGAGAGAAGCUGGGGAGCAUAAGUUUUUUCAUGUCAUUGAUAGUAUUGCUAAUCAAGGUAUAGAAAGCCAGCGUCGACUAUGCAUUCAUAACAACGCUGUAUUUGGUAUAAAAAAUGUGCGCAAGUCAACGACAUCCGCUCCAUAUGUGCGUUCGCUCCUCUGCACUGGUCCACACCAUCAGUAUCCAAUACCAAUGUAUUUGGAUUUUAGUUUGUUGAGAGUACUGGAUGCACUUACUAUCCGCUUCUAUGGUUUCCCGAGUGGAGUAGUGAAAUUAGUUCAGUUAAGAUACCUGGCCAUCACUUAUAAUGGGAUGCUCCCUGAUUCCAUAUCCAAACUCCGGGAUCUUCAGUACUUGAUUGUCCAUCAAUAUCUAAGCAUCAUAUAUUAUGGCAAUAGUCGGUCGUAUUUGCCCAUGGAGGUCUGGACUAUGCAAGAAUUGAGGCAUCUCGAGGUUAUGGGAAGCGACAUGCCAGAUCCUAGUUCUGAGGAUGUCCUCUUACCGAACCUCUCAACACUUUCAGGGUCUUGGCCCCAAGCCUCCUGCUCCAUUUUUCCCAGUGUUUCUUAGAAAGUUAACACUCGGUGGACUUGGACUUCCUUGGGAAGAAAUGAAUCUUAUUGCUUGUUUGCCGAAUCUUGAGGUGCUUAAACUACGAUGCUACGCCUUUCGAGGGCCGGAAUGGGAAACUUUUGAGGGGGGAUUCUUGAAACUUAGAGUUCUUCUAAUUGAAGACACUGACUUGGAAUACUGGAGAGUUGGUUGUUUUGAUUUCCCAUGUCUUCAGCGCUUACUCAUUCACCACUGCUACAAAUUGAAAGAGAUCCCUCGAAGCAUUGAAGAAAAUUCCAGCCUUGAAAUGAUAGAGAUAGUUGAUGGCACCCCUUCUCUUGUGGCU